AUGGGCGAGCAUUCACCCUGUGAUGCCUUGGUGCCAAUCAUAGUUGCCGAAUACGCUAUCAUUCAGAGCAUAGAUGAAGCGUUAUUUUCUGCUUCUGAACCUUCGCACGACUUUUCACAGGCUGACGGUGGAAUAGGAUGGCAGCGUCUAGAUUGGGUUACUGAUACCUGCGUUGAAUUAGAGUGUACACAGGCAGAAGAGCGGGCGAAAGGUAUCAUAGCAGAUUCGAAUGACACUCGACUGUCUCCCGAUGCAUAUGUGCAAAUGGCUUUACAACUAGCUUGGUUCAAGACUCGCGGCACAUUCACAGCAACGUACGAGACUGUGUUGACACGUCUCUUCGAUCGUGGUCGGACGGAGACAAUUCGUACUCUAACUGCGGACAGUCGUGCAUUCGUUCUCGCCAUGAUGGCUCCUUCGAGCUCUCUUGCUGAACGUCAAACGCUACUUCGUCGCGCGACUCAAACUCACACCACGUUGACGCGUGAAGCUGCCACUGGCAAAGGCAUCGAUCGACAUCUAUUGGGCCUUCAGCUGAUGCUACGUCCUGAAGAUGGCGAGCGAAGUCCUCUGUUCGAGGAUGAAUUCUUUCAGGAGAGUAAGGCUUGGAAACUUAGUACCAGUGGGCUGAGCGCUGGACAUCUGUUCAGGGGAACGGGGUUCGGCGCGGCGUAUAACGACGGCUACGGUAUCAAUUAUCUUGUGGGCCCAGACCUCAUAAAACUCGGAAUCGAGUCGAAACAUUCAUGUCAUCACACAUCGACUGCAGGUUUGCAAGCCGCCAUAGUUGAAGCUUUACGAGAAAUGGAGUUGGUCUGUACAGAGAGCAGACCAUUGCGGAUCACCCUCGUCAUGCUUAACAUCGUGAGCUAAAUAGGUUUGCAUAGAGCAUACUAUAGAACUCUACAUUCGUUUCGCGCGCGCGCAUUGCGCCUCUGGUCUUAUGUUCCACCUC